GUGGGGGGAGGUGGCAUCCCCCAGUUCGCGGGGGCGGGGAGGGAGGAUCUCCUCCAAGGGGGUGGAAUAUGGGCGCUGAGCGCGGCAGCAGCGGGCCGCAUUGGGUGGCGUGAAUGCGGCGGAGUGAAGACAGACACACGACGGAAGAAGUGUGUGCGGCAGAGUGAAGGCAGAUACACGACGAAAAAAGUGUGCGCGGCGUUCCUCUCCGGAGCGCCUUCGGAAAGGUUUCUGUCCCCCACCCCGCAUAGCGAAGUGGUGCGAUGUCUGAGGCGGUAGCAAAGGAGAGCCCGGAGCAGGAUGGCGAGGGCGGCUCCAGGAGGAGCAGCUGGGGGCUGCUGGUCACGGCUGGGGUUGGUGGGACUUUGGUGGCCCUCUAUGCUGUGGUCACCCCCUUUGUGACCCCAGCCCUGAGGAAGGUGUGCCUGCCCUUUGUUCCUGCAACUGCCACUCAGGUCCAGAAUGUGCUGAAAAUGUUGGAAAAUAGAAGUGGCCCCCUAGUUGACAUUGGUAGCGGGGAUGGCCGCAUUGUGAUAGCAGCUGCAAAAAAGGGAUUCAAAGCUGUUGGAUAUGAAUUAAAUCCCUGGCUAGUUUGGUACUCCAGAUACAGAGCCUGGAGAGAUGGAGUACAUCAGAAUACCAAAUUUUAUAUUUCAGACUUAUGGAAGGUUUCUUUUUCCCAUUAUACAAAUAUUGUUGUUUUCGGCGUACCUCAGAUGAUGCCACAGUUGGAGAAGAAGCUGAAAGAAGAACUUGAAUGUAAUGCCAGAAUCAUUGCCUGUCGCUUUCCUUUCCCCUGCUGGAUUCCAGAUCAUACUACUGGAGAGGGAAUAGACACUGUGUGGGCCUAUGAUUUGAAACAUUAUAGAAGAUGUGAAACAAAAAACUUGGAAAUUACACCAGAGGGAGAAUCCUAAACAACUAAUUUGUUUUUUAUACUGAAAUUUUUAACUUUGACUUUACCUGUUGAAGAUAAGAUAGAGCCCCAGCAUAUGGAGAUAUAUAUAUUCACUUAAAGAACUGAAGUGCACUGAUUAUCUGAAAGCAAACAAAGGUUACUGAAAGAUGUAGUUAAAUGGCUUAAUGUAGUGUCCUGGUUUAACUCCAUCUGGCAAUGAAGUACCACACAGGUGUCUGCCCCAGUUCUCACACUCCCCCCAUGUCAUGGGAAGGGAAAUUGGGGAAAAGAUUAUACCCAUGGGUUGAGAUAAGAAUAGUUUAAUAAUUGAAAUAAAUUUAAUAAUAUUAAAGUUACAAUGAAAAGAGAGACAGAAAAAGACAGGAGUAAAACCCAAGAAAGAUGAGUGAUCCACAAUACCAUCACUCACCCCUCAUUGACUGAUGCCCAGCCCAUCCCAGAGCAGUAAUUGGCCCUUCCUUGCCAACUCCCCCCAGUUUAUAUACCAGGCACGAUGGCAUGGAAUAUCCCUUUGUCUAGUUUGGAUUGGCUAUUGUGGCCAUGCAUCCUCCCAGCUUCUUGAACGCCUCCUUGUUGUCAGGGCAUGGGAAACUGAAAAGUCCUUGGCUUAGGGCAGAUGCUGCUCAUCAUCAACUAAAACACCAGUGUUACCAGCAUUAUUUUCAUCCUAAAUUCUAAACACAGCAUUCUACCAGCUACUAGGAAGAAAAUUAACUCUAUCCUAGCUGAAACAUGACAUGUAGAUAGUAAAAAUUAUGAGAAAGUUUUAUAGAAGCGGAAAGCUUUAAUAUGGAAAAGGAGAUAAAAACCACAGACCACUACUGUUAGGGGGAAUCUCUGUGUGAAUAAAAUGCUCAAAUUGGUGAACUUAAUAUAUUUGUUCUUUCUGAUCCUACGUAGCAUUUGGUGUUGGUGUUGGAAGCAGUGUGCAAGUGGCUUCUCAAAUGAGCUGUAGUUCUCAAAUGUCUUCAUUAUGUAUGGCAAGUAGGCAUAAUACUGCAGGCACAAAACUGAUCCAGGUAGACUAUAAUGGUGAUACCAGUUGUUCACACCUGAGCCUUUAAUGUGUACCUUUAAUAGCUGAGUAUGAUAAAAGAAGCAAAUAUAAUAAGUUGUUUAUUCAUUAACAUAAGUACAACCUCUCAUUAUAUUACUGAAUUUUAACUUCACUUGUUAUGUGAAAACAAACUGCAGAAGUAUGCUCUUACUGAACUCUUAUUGGUAUAAGCCUUUGCAGACAGCCAUAAUUUUUCCUAACUCCUCUGCUUCAGGAAGGGGUUGCAGAAGUCGUUUAUUUGUCAGCAAAGUGUCAACAUUUCUGUGUGCUCAAACUUUGGAUAAAGGUAUGGAUGAGAGUUGCUUA